GCAGAGCAACGGUAAGCUAUCAAAUCGCUGGCGUCCGCCCCGCAAAACCAUCGGAUGAAGUUUCGGCGCGUGGCGUCCUCUCUUCUCACCCAGCCGAAACCCCACCUCGGGCCCCCUACCCCGCUCCUAAACCCUAGCUCUCCCAUGGCUGCCGGCCCUCCCGGGCACGAAGAGGACCCCGACGAGCGCCUCAGCGCCGCCCUCGACCGCAACCUCUCCCUCGCUGCCGACCCCCUGCUCCCCCUGCCGGAGCCUCCCGGGCGCCCGCUGACCGGGCACUCGCACGUCGAGCGAGCCUGGGCCCACUGGCGGAGGCUCGGCGAGCCCAAGCUCGUCGUGGCCCCCAUGGUGGACAACUCCGAGCUGCCGUUCCGGAUGCUCUGCAGGAAGUACGGCGCCGAGGCCGCCUACACGCCGAUGCUGCACUCGCGGAUCUUCACGGAGAACGAGAAGUAUCGGAAGAUGGAGUUCACCACCUGCAAGGAGGAUCGUCCGCUAUUUGUCCAGUUUUGUGCAAAUGAUCCUGACAUUUUGUUGGAAGCAGCAAAAACAGUGGAGCCCUACUGUGAUUAUGUGGACAUAAAUCUAGGGUGCCCACAGCGGAUUGCUAGGCGAGGGAACUAUGGGGCUUUCCUCAUGGAUAACCUCCCUUUAGUAAAAUCCCUAGUGGAGAAGUUGUCGCUGAACCUUUGUGUUCCAGUUUCAUGUAAGAUCCGAAUAUUCCCACGCCUGCAAGACACCAUAGCAUAUGCAAGGAUGCUUGAAGAUGCUGGUUGCUCUCUCCUGGCUGUUCAUGGCCGUAGUAGAGAUGAAAAGGAUGGGAAGAAAUUCCGAGCUGAUUGGAAUGCCAUCAAGGCUGUAAAAGAUGCUCUUAAGAUACCUGUCCUUGCAAAUGGAAACAUACGUCACAUGGGAGAUGUUCGUAGCUGUUUGGACAACACAGGUGCUGAUGGUGUGCUCUCAGCUGAGUCUCUUCUUGAAAAUCCAGCACUUUUUUCUGGACUCCAAACAUUGGAAUGGAGAGAAGAUGAUGAUGAAAGCAUGAAUGAUGUGGGAUUAGACCAGGCAGAACUAGUGGUAGAGUAUUUGAAGCUAUGUGAGCAAUAUCCUGUACCGUGGAGAAUGAUUCGCUCUCACGUGCACAAGAUGUUAGGGGAUUGGUUUGCUAUCCAUCCAGAAGUGAGAGAGGAACUCAAUGCUCAAUCAAAACUCACCUUUGAGUGGCUUCAUGAUAUGGUGAAGAGACUUAGAGAACUAGGUGGAAGAAUUCCACUGUAUGGAAAGGGUAAUGUUGCUGGGAGAACUAUGGUUAAUGGAGUUGCUGCAAGCAAUUCUUGAUUACUCUAAUUUUUUGGAAAUCAAACAUGACUUGGUAUACAGUUUUGUGUGCAUCAAGAAUAUGUAUGACAGUAUGACAAUAGAUUGGUUGUGGAUCGCCGGAACACAUGCGGCAGAUGGGACCCAUAGAAAAUGCAGCGGUGCUUUUGACCAUAUGCAGUGACCAAUUUUUUCUUCAGCAAGACAAAAAUGUCUAAUUUUCUAUCAUUCAUCUGUAAUGUCUUUUUCUUUUUCAUUAAUUUUAAAUGAUCAGUUAGCUAUUGUAUUGGUUGAGAGUGGCUUUUUGGCAGGAGGUUAUAUGUAUUAUUUGUCCAACCAACAUAUACGGAGUUGCACUAUCAAGCUAUUUAACUUGAUCCUUGGAAUGUGUGCAAAACUGCGGUAGAGAGACAAGUUAUAUGGAAUGAUACUGCAAUCCACCGAAUGUUGAAGUCAUGCCUGUAGCUGGAGGAAAUUGUGCCUGUUCUAACAUUUGAAAUGUGCUAAUUGACGAUUCUGCACUGUUUUGCCAUAUUUGUUUAGUG